AUGCUCAUAUUAUUACAAUGCCCCCACAUUUUGAUUUCUGAUGAUGCUUCAGUGAAUGCAGAAGGGUACUUCAAAGCUCCUGGCCUACCAAAGUUGAGUUUCAUGGAGGAAAGUAUUGAAGAUGUUAAUAAUGAGAAGCAAAUUAAGAAAGUUUCAGGAGACGAUGAGAAUGACGAGAAAGAAACAUUGAUAGUUCAAAAGUUUAGAGCUUUACUUGGACUAAAGAGUUCCAAAACAAGAAGCUCCUCAAUUGUGUUACCAGCACCUUCUCCAUCAGCCACCAUGGAAGCUGAGCCUCCAGCUUUUGCUCCUGCUCCUGCUCCAAGGCUGCAAAUUCAUGUCCAUCCCUAUUCUCCACUGCAUCACAAACAUCCAGCCCAACCACCGCACAAGAUUCAGAAAGAGCACAAAGAUAAAAGUAGACUCAAAAGAGUUCUUAUAGCAGUUCUAGCGUCUGCAGGAGCAGCCUUCUUGCUUUGUGUUCUUGGGCUCAUCUGGUUCUCUGGCAAAUUCAGGGAGCACAGGAAAAAAUCGACAAGAAUAAUGUCGGUGCACAGGAAAAAAGGAAGAAGCAGAGGUAAAUCAAAGUUUAUGAGUUCCCAUAAGUCAGCAAGCAAGGUGAGCUUAAAUCCUGCCCUUGAUCUCUUGUAUCUCAAUUCAUUAGAAAAGGAUUUGGAGCAGCAAACUACAUAUCUUAAGCAAACUCCUGAAACUGUACAAAUGUUAUCAAAUCAUAGCACUCCAAAGUCUACAAUACAUGAGAGGCAGGAAUCAAAGCAAGAAUUGAUAAUAAAAUCAUAUUCAGAUAAUGCUAGUAGUUCUUCCACAAGGGAAAUCACGUCUAUUCACGAGGAUGUGGAAUCAGUAAAUUAUGAAUCUGAUGGUGGUGACUCUUCAUCUGGGGAUAAAAUUAUUCCCUUCGAAUGCCAUUCAUCAGGUGAUGAAUCUUUUCACUCUUUCGUUGAUUCUCAAACAUCUAAUGUCCGGCUUUCGAAUGCUUCGGCUGGUAGUCUUGGUGAUAUUUCAGAAAUUUCCUCCUCAAAUGUGCUGAAGAUAAUACCGUCUCCUUUACCACCUCCUACAAAUUUAGACAUUCCAAAAGUAACAAUAGUUCAUGAUAAGUAUUUCACAACCCAAUCCCCAUCCCAACCGCCACCGCCUCCCCCACCACCUCCUCCUCCUCCACCUGCUCGGGCACCAAGAAUGUGCAUACCUCCUUCACGCACAUCGUUGCGGUCAACCAGAAUUACACCUAAAGCUUCAAGUUCUUCUACAUUGCCAAAUUUAUCACCUCCUAGGAAGUCAGAUGCUUCUUCAGGAUCAAGCCGAACACCUCGAAGUGACUUACCGCCUUCACCUCAAAAGCCUCUCAAACCUUCACGAGCUCUAUCGAGUAUUCCUCCUCCGCCAAUCCCACCUCCAUUUCUAGAAGGAAAUAGAGGAUCAACCAAAGGCCUACCUCCUCCCUCAUUUCCACCUCCAUUUCUGAAAGGAAAUAGUGGCUCUGUCAAAGGCCCACCUCCUCCGCCAUCUCAACUCCCUCAAUAUACACCAUUGGGAAAAGAUGGAGCACCAUUGCCAAAAUUGAAGCCACUUCAUUGGGACAAAGUUAGAGCAGCACCAGACCAAAGCAUGGUGUGGGACAAGAUAAGAUCAAGCUCAUUCGAAUUCGAUGAAGAGAUGAUUGAAUCACUUUUUGGAUACAAUUUACAAAGCACAUCGAAGAACGAUGAAGCAAAGAGCAAAACUCCUUCGCCAAGCAAGCAUGUGCUCGAGCCAAAGAGACUGCAGAACCUCACCAUUCUCUCAAAGGCCAUAAAUGCAACUGCUGAGCAAGUAUGCAAUGCACUAAUGAGAGGGGAUGACUUGUGUUUACAACAACUCGAGGCACUGGCGAAGAUGGUACCUACUAAGGAAGAAGAGGCUAAGCUGUUCGGUUAUAAAGGAGACAUCAAUGAGUUGGGGUCUGCAGAGAAGUUUGUUCGAGGAGUUCUUGGCAUACCGUUUGCCUUUCAACGAGUUGAAGCAAUGCUUUAUAGAGAAACUUUUGAAGAUGAGGUGGUUCAUCUGAGAAACUCUUUUUCAAUGCUAGAGGAGGCCUGCAAAGAACUCAGGUCAAGCAGACUCUUCUUAAAGUUGCUUGAAGCUGUGCUCAAAACGGGCAACCGAAUGAAUGUGGGAACAAUCAGAGGAGGAGCGAAAGCAUUCAAGCUUGAUGCGCUCCUUAAGCUUUCUGAUGUGAAAGGAACAGAUGGUAAAACCACCUUACUCCAUUUCGUUGUCCAAGAAAUAAUCCGGUCAGAAGGGAUUCGAGUAUCGGAUAGCAUCAUGGGGAAGAUCGAUCAGAAAAACAAGACCAAAACCGUCGAAGAAAGGGAAGAAGACUACAGAAGAAUGGGACUGGACCUUGUUUCUGGUCUAAGCACAGAACUCUACAAUGCCAAGAAAACAGCUACAAUAGACCUGGAUGUUCUUGCAAGCUCAGUCUCAAACCUGUCAGAUGGAAUGGCUAAAUUACAACAUCUGGUAAACAAGGACUUGUCAACCGACGAAAAGAGCAGAAAUUUUGUUCAUACAAUGAAAACCUUCCUAAAUUAUGCAGCAAGGAAUCUAAAGGAGCUGCGGGAAGACGAAGAUAGAGUCCUAUUACAUGUUAGGGAAAUUACUGAAUACUUCCAUGGAAAUGUGAGCAAAGAUGAAGCCAAUCCGCUUCGUAUUUUCGUGAUUGGCUUUGGCUUGUUUAGUUUGAAUUGCCUUAUAAUCCCACGUAGCUGGGAUCAAGGAUUAUCAGUGGCAGCAGAUGAUGCUACAAAACUAGGGACUGUGAUUGGCAUUGAUCUUGGGACUACUUACUCUUGUGUGGCUGUCUCUCGAAACGGCCAAAUAGAGAUUAUAGCCAAUGAUCAAGGUAAUAGAGUAACUCCUUCAUGGGUGGCAUUCACCGACACCGAGCGUUUGAUCGGAGAGGCGGCAAAGAAUCAAGCGCCUAUGAAUCCUGAACGCACAAUAUUCGAUGUUAAGCGUCUGAUUGGAAGAAAGUUUGAUGACCCAGAAGUUCAAAGAGAUAUCAAGUUCUUACCUUACAAGGUUGUGAAUAAGGAUGGUAAGCCUUAUAUACAAGUGAAGGUGAAAGGAGAGACUAAAGUGUUUAGCCCUGAGGAAAUCAGUGCUAUGAUAUUGGGAAAGAUGAAAGAAACAGCUGAGUCUUACUUGGGGAAGACGAUUAAAAACGCCGUUGUCACUGUUCCGGCGUACUUCAAUGAUGCGCAAAGGCAAGCCACGAAGGAUGCAGGAAUCAUUGCCGGGCUAAAUGUGGCUCGGAUAAUCAAUGAGCCUACAGCUGCAGCUAUUGCCUAUGGCUUGGACAUGAAAGGAGGAGAUAUGAACAUUUUGGUUUAUGAUCUUGGUGGUGGUACAUUUGAUGUUAGCAUCUUGACUAUCGAUAAUGGUGUUUUUGAGGUUCUUGCUACUAGUGGUGACACCCACUUGGGAGGAGAGGACUUUGAUCAUAGAUUGAUGGACUAUUUCAUCAAGUUGAUCAAGAAGAAGUACAACAAAGACAUAAGUAAAAAUAAGAAGGCUCUUGGGAAGCUUCGAAGAGAAUGUGAGAGAGCUAAGAGAGCAUUGAGUAGCCAACACCAAGUUCGAGUAGAGAUUGAAUCCCUUAUCGAUGGUGUUGAUUUCUCAGAGCCUAUAACAACGGCAAGAUUCGAAGAGUUGAACUUAGACUUAUUUAAAAAGACACUGGGGAUAGUGAAGAAGGCUAUGGAUGAUGCGGGAUUAAAGAAGACUGAUAUCAAGGAAAUUGUGCUUGUUGGUGGAAGUACCAGAAUUCCCAAAGUGCAAGAAAUGUUGAAAGAAUAUUUUGAUGGGAAGGAGCCUAGCAAAGGUGUUAAUCCAGAUGAGGCUGUUGCCUAUGGUGCUGCUGUUCAAGGUGGAAUUCUUAGUGGCGAAGGGGGAAAAGAAACCAAAGGCCUUCUUCUACUUGAUGUUACUCCUCUGAGUCUUGGUAUUGAGACAGUUGGGGGUGUAAUGACGAAAUUGAUCCCAAGGAACACUGUUAUCCCAACUAAGAAGUCCCAAAUCUUCACCACUUACCAAGACCAGCAAACCACAGUGUCUAUAAAGGUUUACGAAGGUGAAAGGAGCUUAACAAAGGAUUGCCGUGAGCUUGGAAAAUUUGAUCUGUCUGGUAUUCCUCCAGCUCCAAGGGGAGUGCCUCAGAUUGAGGUCACGUUUGAGGUGGAUGCCAAUGGUAUUCUGCAUGUGAAAGCUGAGGACAAAGCAGCAAAGAAGUCUCAAUCUAUAACAAUCACCAAUGACAAAGGGCGUCUCAGCCAAGAAGAGAUAGAUAGGAUGGUAAAGGAGGCUGAAGAAAUGGCCGAGGAGGAUAGGAAGGUUAGGGAGAAGAUUGAUGCUAGGAACAAGUUGGAGACUUACAUUUACAACAUGAGAAGUACAAUCAAUGACAAAGACAAGCUUGCUGAUAAGAUCGAUUCGGAUGAUAAAGAGAAGAUCGAUAGUGCAUUGAAGGAAGCACUUGAAUGGUUAGACGAUAACCAAAAUGCAGAGAAGGAUGAUUAUGAAGAGAAGUUGAAGGAGGUGGAAGAAGUUUGCAAUCCUGUCAUAAAACAAGUUUACGAAAAGAGUGGCGGAAGCUCAGCUGACUCUGAAUACGAAGAACCAAAUGAUGAAUUGUAG